GAUUGCCUUCCUCCUGCUGCUAAGUUCGUGUGGAGUUAGUAGCUUAGCUUGGAUCAGAGCUAACCUUUUUGGUAGAAAAGAUUAUUAAAAUGAGUUUUAUMUUUCAUGUCGGACAGAGGUAGCUGAGUGAAUUUGUCCACGAUGUCGUCGUUCCGCCUCAUAGUUUCACUGAAAGUCUUUCAGCCUCCAUGUAAGCUGUCAACGAAGGGUUUCUGCUCAGGAAGAUACGGAAGAGCCAUUAGCUGCCUGAAUUUAACCCGACAUUUCAGCUCCGAGUCGCAUAACACUAAGGUGCCAAAGGCUCCAACGUGGAAACCAGUACAAGAGGAGCAGCUUCCUCCGCCUGCCGUAGUCCCCGCUGAUCUGGUCGACAAGCUGGAGCGACUGGCUUUGGUGGAUUUCCGCACCAAACAAGGCCUGACCUGUCUGGAAAAGGCCAUCCGGUUUGCAGACCAGCUUCACCUUGUCGACACGGCAGGAGUKGAACCGAUGGAUUCGGUUCUGGAGGACAGAGCUUUGUAUCUAAGGAAUGACACGGUCACGGAGGGCGACCAUGUCGAGGAGCUGCUUAAACUCGCAAAACACAGGGUCGAAGAAUAUUUUGUUGCACCACCAGGAAAUAUUCCUCUACCUGAAAGGGAGGAGAGGACUGCCAUGCUGAAACACUCCGAGUUCUGAUGGGUUCAUUUGGAUUAAUUUUUUUUGAUUUGUUGCAAGUGUUUUGUUUUUAAUUGGGAUAUGUGUGUCUGUCAUGAACUACAGUAUGGGUCAAAUGUGCUGAGCUCAUAAUUUACACGUUCAAAUUGGUCAUUUCAGUUUGAGAAACGUCAGAUGUGUGUGUGGCAGGUUUCACACCCACCAGCUUUUACACAGCUUCAGACAAACCUGUAUAGGUUUCAGUUUCAGUUCUUAUAGUAAAAGGUGAAUAAGCUGUGUUUGGAGGAAUUGUUUUACUGCACAUCACAGUUUAGACCUACAUUAUUUCAAUCUGGCUUUUCUUUCAUGUAAAUUAAGUUUUACUUAAUCAGAAUAACCAACAGAAACUUUAUUCUGGAGGGUGACUGAUACAUCGGCCGGCCAAUAUUUGUGUUGUUUUAUUUUGUUCUAUUUUAUUUUAUUUUUUGUGUUUGCAUCAGCUGAUGCAUGCAUUCGCCGAUAAAAUAAAGACAGUCUUACCUUCAAAA